AUGCAGAUGCUACCUGCAUUUAUUUUCGUUACUACUUUCGUUACUUGUAUUAUUUAUGCGGGUUUUUGUUACGGUGAUCCAAUUAGGCCAAUUUACGAGAGAAAUGAAAAUAUGUUAAGACCUACAAGGCCGAAAAUAUUUUCAUCACCCAACGAUUUUAAAUCUUAUUUGGAAGAUUUGGGUAAUUUUUAUGCCAUCGCCGGUAGGCCGAGGUUUGGUAAAAGAACUCUGUCUCCUGGUGCGGCGAAUUAUUUAAGGGAUGAUUCAUCCACAUAUAAAAAUCUUCCAGUCAGUUAUACAGAUUUAUUACAAAUGCUUUCAAGCAUGACGCAGAAUCAAGAGUAA